AUGGGCAAUUGGAGUCGAGAAGGGAUUGGGAUGGAGGAGAAGUGGGAAAUGAGAGGACAGACGGUGCAUGAGUUUGGAGUACGUGUGUGGAUUUUGAUUGAUUGUGUGCAGCGCGCGGAAGGCCCCGCAAUUCGGGAAGCGCACCAAGCCCUUUUGAACAGCCGAACGCCAACCGAUAUAACUCGAUUGUCCUCGACGUAUCGAUGUAACCGAUUGCGGAGGAGCGGCGUGCGAGGCGGGGAGGGGCGCGGCGGCCGCGAGGGGCCGUGGCCGUGGCCUCCGCUGUGGGGAAGUGGGGCAGCAGCGGCCAGUGACCGCGAGGAAAGUAUCUCGCUGAGCGCUCGGCGCGCACGCGACUUUGAGCCUUGGCGCCCCGGCCGCACGGCGCACAGCGGCGCGCGCCGCCCGCGCCGCGCCGCAGGAAAAGUGCGUGCGGAACGACUGAAACUUCUUAACAAAAGAAGAAAUUGGGCAUCUCCAUUGGCUCGCCUUCGUGAGCGUCUUCGCUGGUCGGCGCAGGCGCGUUGCGUUUGCUCUCGAGCGGCGGCGGCGGGCGAGUGCGUCCGCGCGGGAUCUGGAGCAGUGGAGCAGGCAGGUAACGCCUGUGACGUCACGCGGCCGGUCGUCGACCCCGGCCGCGCCGCCCGCCGCGCCGCGCCGCCCGCGCCGCGCCGCAACACCCACACGACUCGAAAAACGACGCUCCAAGUUACGGGCACCACACGCUUUUUAAUUGACGGGUUCGACUUUGAACUGUAUCUGCACCGGAUUCCUUCGUUCGGUGAAGACUCAAGGUGCGGAGGUGCGGCGCAUUCACCUGCAAGAGGAGCGUGGACAGCACUGACCAGCAAAUCCCUCGGCAACCAGAGAAAACCACCUCGACAAACCGAGGGAAAUACAAUUCAACAAGAGGUCAGUAACCAUUGUGGCGGAGGGGUCCCGUUGAGGCUAGUGCGCGCGGCGGCCGCCAGGGCGCGGGCGGCGCGGGGCGCGGGGCGGAGCGGGGCCGGCCGAGCGGAGCGGAGCGGCAGAAGCGGCGAGCGGCCCCAGGCGCACACAGCCCGACAGCAACCGCGGCGGCACCGCACCGCGCAUAACCUCACUCCUCGCAGGAUAUUCACCUCGCCCACGCGCAGCCAGUGUGUACGUAUUGUUUCACCGGAAGAUGCGGUCACACACAAUCAAUUAGUUCGCAAGAAGCUCUUAACGGCGCCGGCGGAGGCAGCGAUGGUGGAGGGCGCUGAC